UAGGGGAACCCCAAGUGCGCGAGAGAAGCGGGGUGGGGGAGGAGCCUGGGCAGCGAUGAACCCGAUGGGCGGCCGAGGAGGACCCCGGGAGGUUACGGGAGCAGCGGCGCCCGGGACUGGCAAGGGAGCGGGAGAGAGCCCCCGAAGCCGGGCUCCAGGGAGCACGGAUGGCGCGGUCGAGGCGCGGUCCCCUCCAAAGCCCCGCUGGGGCUGCCGGAGCGGCUGCUGCAUGGGGCUGGGCGCCCGGGAGGGUUGCGGCAGAUAGCCCCAGACGCCGCUGCCGCUGGGGCUGCGCGCCUCCCCGCGCCCCGCUCGCCCUGCCCCCGCAGGCAGCGGAGCCGGGGAGAGGGCCACAGGGGUGUGCGGCGUGGGUGACUAGCGGGACGCCGAGGCCCCGCCUUCCCGCCUCGCAUCCCGGGCGUGACGAGAGGGGGAGAUGGACCCGAGCCGGCGGGAUUUGCACUAUGACAUUCGUCGGCUUCGUGGCGGCGCUGGUGAUAGGCACGAUCCCCGGAGCCUGCGAGCUGGGGCACAUCUCCGCCAGCCUCCCGGCCACCCCCCACCCGCCGCCCCCCGCCGGCCACCCCCCUGCGCCGCCCGCCGGGGGCUUCGCCGCAGCCCGGCGCCCCUGGCCACCGGCGGCGCCCACCCUCCCGCGGCGGCGGACACCGGGCCGGGCGCCGCGGGGCCGCCGCUGCUCCUGCGCCCUGCUCGGCGGAGGCGGGCGGCCCGGGUGCGCCCCGGGGAGCGGCCGGGGCCGGGCGGAGCGGGGCCGCGCUGACUGCGAGCAAGGGACAGUGAGACUCCAGGGUGGCAAGAAUGAGUUUGAAGGUACAGUGGAGGUUUAUUUGAAUGGAAUCUGGGGAACAGUCUGUGGGAGCCAUUGGGACAAUGAUGAUGCAACAGUUGUAUGUCGACAGCUUGCACUUGGUGAAAAAGGUACAGCAAAACAUGUACCAUUUUCUGGACUGGGACUUACUCCUGUUUACUGGAAUGAAGUGCAUUGUCGUGGUGAUGAAGAAAAUAUAUUGUUAUGUGAAAAAGACACCUGGCAUGAUGGAACGUGUCCUCAAAAAAUGGCAGCUGCUGUCACAUGUAGCUCUUCCCCGGCCUCUGUCUUUACUCCAAUCCGGCUGGCUGGUGGGAACAACACUCACGAAGGAAGAGUAGAAGUCUACCACGCUGGCCAGUGGGGGACUGUCUGUGACGAUCAGUGGGAUGAUGCAGAUGCUGAAGUUGUCUGUCGGCAGCUUGGCCUUGGGGGUGUUGCCAAGGCAUGGAGCCAGGCCUACUUUGGAGAAGGCUCAGGCCCCCUGCUACUGGAUGAAGUGCAGUGCACAGGAAAUGAACUAUCCAUAGAGCAGUGUCCUAAAAGCUCCUGGCGAGAACACAACUGUGGCCACAACGAAGAUGCUGGCGUUUCCUGCACACCUCUCACAGAUGGUGCCUUAAGACUAGCAAGUGGGAAAGGCAGUCAUGAGGGACGCCUGGAGGUCUAUUAUACUGGGCAGUGGGGCACAAUCUGCGAUGAUGGGUGGACAGAGCUGAAUACACAAGUGGUUUGCCGGCAGCUGGGAUUUAAGUACGGAAAAAGUGCCCCAGAGGGCUACUCAGAAGGAAGCUCUGGGCCCAUCUGGUUAGAUGAUGUCAGCUGCUCAGGGAAGGAGACAAACCUCCUGCAAUGCUCAUGGAGAGAGUGGGGAAAACAUGAUUGCAACCAUCAGGAGGACGUCAGACUUAUUUGCUAUCCAGAUAAUGAAAACCAUAAGCUCAGACUCGGUCCUCCCAUCAGGUUGAUGGAUGGUGAGAAUAAGAAGGAAGGACGUGUAGAGAUUUUUGUCAACGGCCAGUGGGGCACGAUUUGUGAUGAUGGAUGGUCUGAUAAGGAUGCAGCCGUGGUCUGUCGACAGCUUGGCUACAAAGGCCCGGCUAGAGCAAGGACAAUGGCAUAUUUUGGGGAAGGCAAAGGCCCAAUCCACGUGGAUAAUGUGAAAUGUACAGGAAAUGAGAGAUCCUUGGCAGACUGCAUUAAGGAAAACAUUGGGACGCACAGCUGCCGCCACAGUGAGGACGCAGGAGUGAUCUGUGACCACCUAAGCAAGAAGGCCCCAGGGAACAGCAAUAAAGAUUCUCUUGCUUCUGUUUGUGGAUUGAGGUUACUACAUCGUCGACAAAAGCGAAUAAUUGGAGGGAAAAAUUCUUUACGGGGUGGAUGGCCAUGGCAGGUUGCACUCCGACUGAAAUCUUCUCAUGGUGAUGGAAGACUCUUGUGUGGUGCUACUCUUAUCAGCAGCUGCUGGGUCCUUACUGCUGCACACUGCUUUAAAAGGUAUGGCAACAUCACUAGGAACUAUGCUGUGCGAGUUGGAGACUAUCACACACUGGUACCAGAAGAGUAUGAGGAAGAAACUGGAGUCCAACAGAUUGUGAUGCAUAAAGAGUACAGGCCUGACAGCAGUGACUAUGACAUUGCAUUGGUGAGGCUACAGGGACCAGAGGAACAGUGUGCCAGAUUCAGUACCCAUGUCUUACCUGCUUGUUUGCCAUUAAGGAGAGAGAGACCACAGAAAACCGCUCCCAACUGUUAUAUCACUGGAUGGGGUGACACAGGAAGGGCUUAUUCAAGAACAUUACAACAGGCUGCCAUCCCCCUACUCCCCAAAAGGGUAUGCGAAGAACGUUACAAAAGAAGAUUCACAGGAAGAAUGCUCUGUGCUGGAAACGUCCAGGAACAGAAACGUGUUGAUAGCUGUCAAGGAGACAGUGGGGGACCACUGAUGUGUGAACGUCCAGGGGGAAGCUGGGUUGUGUAUGGUGUGACCUCCUGGGGCUAUGGCUGUGGAGUGAAAGAUUCUCCAGGUGUCUACACAAAAGUAUCAUCUUUUGUAGCCUGGAUAAAAAGUGUGAUCAAACUGUGAACGUCCAUACUGAAAACCAAACUUUGUUAACAAAGUCUGAGGCAGAACAACUUGAACAGCACAGACGGUGCAUGCACAGCUGGUGUCCAGAGUGGGUGGAAAUUUGUGUGGUUUUCUUUUUGUUAAAUCCAAACUGUAUACACACCACCUUUCCAGUUAGGGAUUACUAUCCAAACAAUAUCCCUCUGUGUUAAGGAAGUUCAUAUAUUGCAUGAACGAGUUACCAUAUAUCUAAGAUAAAGGGAAAAGCGAUAGCCAGCAUAGAGCAACAUUGGAGCAGGACAGCUAGAGUUCACUAUAAGAUUCACUGCCUACAGGAAGACUGCAGUAGCUCCAAGCUAUUUAUGCUUCAAGCUUCCCUAGAAUUAAUUACAGAUCUCAAAAUCAAUCUUCCAUCUAUUUAAUCAGUUCCUGGUUGUUCUCUUAUUAUUCCUAUGAUCUUAUACUCAGCCCUCUAAUUUUGAAUCAUGUUUCAUUAACUAAUGAGACCAUUAGCAGGUUGAUUCUUGGUAAGCAAUUCUGAGUAUAUAUUAAAGGUUAGAAGGAAAAUAAUGGUUGAUAAUCAGAUCCCCAACCAUUCUGACAAAUGCUCUCACAUCUUACUGUGCAUAAGGUACAUGCCUACAUAAAAUAGGUAGUACACACAGGAAGUUAGUUUCCCCACAAACACCCUGCACAGCUGCAAAAGCUAGAUUUGACAAAUGACCUCUUAUUUUCUUUUCUCUAGAUAAAUCUCAUUUGUCUUCUGAAAUUUGUAAUUUUUAGUACAUACAGCAUUUCAGAUUUUCCUAUUUACCGUGAGCUGUCAGUACAGUAUCAGACUAACAGACAAACAUCCCAAUCCUCUCAUCGCUGGUUUUGGAGAGGCUUCACUCAAGUAAAACAAAGGACCUCUGUCAAUCCUACAAGUUCUAAGUAUGUACAAUACAAAUACUAGAGAAAUCAAGCCAAAACCUGUCUGUAAAGGUCUAUGAAGUCUUAAACUACUAUAUUCUACAAGAUAAUAUUUAGACAACUCUCUCUGGCUUACCUGCAACACUGGUCCAGCCUGAUCUCACAGGCAAGGUGAGAGCUAGAUAGUUUUCAGUGACUUCUAAAGUAUUGAUGUAUCUUGCUUCCAUUUAAUUCCUUUUACAAAUACUGUUCCUCAUGCUGUGAAGACCAUAAUGGUUUAUUACAAAAAUGCAGUGAUAAAAAGUUACUCUUGAUGUACAAGACAAAUAUAAAUCAACUUGCUAUCCUUUUAAAAAGGGCCACCCCAUUAAACUUUGCACACAGACCACAGGAAGUAAUCUCCAUCUUAGUGCGACACUAAUGGUAUCAGUCUUGAAAAUAUCUGUGACUAACUAGAGUCAAGGAGACAGGAAAGUUCAGCACUACUUCUACAAUCCCUGUCAAAGUCCAUCCUAUAUGCAAGCAUGCUCUACAUAUUACGUGAACAUGCUUCUUAAAUAGAUGAAACGAAAGCUCUGUGGGCCAUGAAACGCUAUGGUGUGACAAGUGUGGCAGAUGUGCAUCACCACAUAGCGAUUGUGCAAACCGUGACUACCAGUGGCUGUUUCCUAUCUCCAAACUCUACCUUUCAUGAAAAAGUAGGACGCUUGCAUUCAUGUUAUAAGUGGGCAAUCACUCAUUUCCGUAUGGUUCUGUGUCUCUCUGGUGUUGUAACAAAUACCUGCAUCAACUCAGUUCACAUACAAAAGUGAUGAUGGCAUUGCAGAAGUUCAAGUGCUUGAAGACUUGGCCUUUAAUUUUGCUCAGUUCUCACCUCAAAUUUAGUUUUAAAGAGUCAUGACUAGUUUAAAUGUCUUGUUGGAACUGGUGCUAAUUUAGUACACAAGGUGCUUUAAUGUAUUUUACUUCCCUGUAAUCCCACACUAUUCAAAAUUGCAUGAAGUAUUUUAUUUAAAAACAUGCCAGUACUGUGACCACGUAUGUCAGACAUAUAACAGACCUGUGUUAAACACUGUGCUUGUGAACUUGAAAACCAUUUUACUUAUAGCCCUUUUAAUUAAAGGGGAAGUAAAUCUGUCAAAAUGUAUCUAUUUGCACCAUCACAGCUUUGCUAUACCGGAACCGUUAUUUUGAGACAUGUGGUGAAGUAGGCUAUAUAUGGUCAAGCAGGCUAUAUAGUGCAAUACAUGCGUUGCAUCCAGGGAAUUAGAAGUUGCACCACAGCAACAGGGGGUGGGAGGUGGGGAAUUGUAGUAAGAUUCAGUAUGGUAGUUCAUUAGUUUUGGUCUUUAACAGAAUGCUUUAUUAGAUUUUUAAAUGUUGCACUAUGGUUUUCAUGCAGGGAACAUGCCUUUUCAGUUUCCAACAUAAAAUGAAGUUGUCUUUAUUAUGCCAUUCUAAUUUUUGGUCAAUGAGCCUGAUAACAUAAAUGUAUACCAUAAAAACUGCCACACUGACUACAACUUCCAUACAUUCAUCCUGUAGAUAAUGUACAUGCAGAUGCUGCAGGAACGUCAGCUAGGUAAACUUCAUGUGAGCAUUCUUCAGUGAAUGAAGGUGCUCUUGAAAAUACUUUCUUCAAAGCAUCUACACUUUGGGCCUUUUUUUGUUCAGAGAUGGAAGUUUAUUCUGUAUGAUGGAAUUCCAAAUGCUUUGUGGGCUUUAACUGAGACCAGUUAGGUUGUCAUAAGUAAGAUUACCCUACACUCUUAAAACUGCUUAAGAAUUUUUUUCACCUUUGCUGCUCUUCCCUUUGGUCAACAUAUUCAAUACACACAAGGUCGUAGAAAAACCUGCCUAAUGCUGAGAGUUUUGUAUUAAACAGGUGGGCCACAGUGUUAACAGUGGCAUAAACUAAGAAAAGAUUCAGCACUUCUAUUACCAUCUUAAACACAGAUGUGUUCUCUAUUUAGGUUCCCCAACACUGAAGAUUUAGUUAGAUGUAGUCCCCCUGAACUUCCCAGUUCCAUUUUCCAGAGAAAUACAGACCAAAUGAAGAACAGAAGCAUAACUGCAACUGACACAGAAAGCCUAUUUAACAUGCAUUCAUCUCAACCAUGAACAACUUCCCAAAGAUGCACCUACCUGUAAGCCACAGAUAAACCAAGAUCCCAUUUUAUGGUCUUUAUAUGCAGAGUAUCUACAACCUCAGCUGUCUUAUUUCCAGAAAAUAUCACAGCAAUAUAACAGCUUAUAUUCAACAACACAUCAGUCCUGAAUCAAUGUUCUCCAUAAUUUUCAAUGUUACUGCAACUAUUUCACACUUCCAAGUGCUAGAAUAUUUUUAGUCAGUAAGAUUUUAACGUUCCAAUUUUAGAGCAGCAGUUGCAGAGCACAAACAUAAAAAGCUGAAACAAUUAGAUCCAAGUAGCAGAUCCUCCCAGAAAACAACACGCUUGUGGCAUGAGGAAAAAGGUUUUUGUUUGUGCUCCAAGGUGCUGGGUAUCUCAAAUGAGUUAGCUGAAGUAGCGGAGACCAGACCUACCUCAUACACAGUUAAGACACCUGCUCACAUGACGUAGUUCCUAUUCCAUUUAUUUAGCACAGAAUAUAGAAACUGAUCAUGCAGCUUCCUGCAAACGCAACAACAAACAUGGAAAGCAACCACAAACAGGAAAAAGACGGAUUAAGAGUUUGGAAAGAAGUAUUUACCUUUGUAGCAAUGUAAAAGAAAGAAAAAAAAAUAAAGACUGCACUUGGUGAAGGCUGUGAGAGGUGAGAGACAGUGGAUGUAACUGCAGAUGGAACAAGGUACAGAAAAAUAAGGAGCACCUAUCAAGGUUAAGAGCCAAGAUGUGACAGGAAUAGAUUGAAAGAUAGGAAAACAGUUGUUUGGGAAUUAAAAUUUCUGAAUUUUAUGAAAGCCAUCCUAAACCACAUGGAAAUAAAAAAGCCACAUCUUGUAAGAAUACCUCCUGUACUCAAGUAAUGAGGGAAGGCAGAUUUCACCACCUUCUGUGCAAGUGACUGGACGUACACGGGAAGCUCCAGUCAUAGCAAAGGCUCUGUCACUUCACUAAGCACUUAAAACUAGCAAGAUAUACCCACAGCAAACAUUAGAUUUUAUACAUAAAUACUGUGAGUUGAAAUUCAAGGAUAUUGGGUAAACACAUCAGAUGACCACAAGUGUGAUGCCAUACAGUAUAUAAAACCCAACACCAGAAAGCCUGAACUUUUCAUUGACAACAAAAGAAAAAUUGUUUUCUCUAAACCUUCACAUUCUUGAGUUUUGUACUCUGCAUUAAUACUGUUUCAAUGCAUUCCAGAUCCUCAGAGAAACUGAUCCCCAACCUUUCUCCUGCUGCUUCCUGUCUGUUUGCCUAUACCUGGUUUUCUUCAUAGGGUCAAAGCCAGUCACAAAAAACCCCCAAAAUUACCUGAAAGAGGAAGCCACUUUGCAGACCCCAGGAUAACAGCAGAACUGCUCUUGCCACUGUCUGCCUAGCAUUUUCAUGUGUAAGAUAAGCAAGUAACUGCCCUUGUAGAUUAGAUAGAUGGGUUAUUUUCCUAAAAGCACUAAGGUUACUACCAAAGUCCACUCUUCAUGGAAAAGAAAUUCAGUACACACUCAUGACUGUUGACUACCAGGCUUGGCAGCCUCAAACUUGGAAUCCCAAGCAAUAAGGAUGUCAUAUGAGGGCGUUGUAUGCAGAGCUGUUUAAAAAGAAAGAGCAAUCCCACACCACCAAUUAAAACAGGUGUAGUACCACUUAUUAUACCUCCACACAGACUAUACAUUCAGCUACACUGUCACAAUAGUGGCAGGAAAAGUAUACGCUUAAAGAAAAAAAGCUUCCUGUAACAGCUCCCUAAUCUCCCUACCAGACUAUUCCCAAGUGUGAAUAACAUGAUCAUCACAAGUAAUUUCCUCGGAUCUAAUCCAUGUUGCAAUUAAAAAUCUACAACUCCGCCUCAUUCAAGCAGGAAUCCCCCAGUUGCCAAGCACUUAGCUGUAAUUGCAGUGCCUACUGAUCCCAGCUCUAGUUUCAGAGAUUUUUGUUUCCCAGUCCUUUCAAAGCUCCCCUUGCCCCCUAACUUUCCAGUUUGCAACAGUUUGCCAAAAACGUUCCUAUUAACUGGAAGAUACUCCUCAAGAGGUUGUGCCAUUAUGGCUUGUUAUUAGCCAAGACAGUAAAUUUACUUACAAGUAAAAUGUGUCCUGUCUGCAAUGGAACUCUGUAUAUCCUCUUCUUGAAUAUGGAUUAAACAGAAGAUCCCCGAGCAACUGGAAUUGAAAAAGCAGCUAUACUCAAAGUCACUGUUUCCCACCUGCAGCAGUAAACUCUGAUUAAAAUGAAGUGACUUCUGGAAUGGCCCCCAGACAGUGGGAUCAACAAUGCAUCAGCCACAUUUGCCCUGAAACCAGUCACAAACUUCAGGCUCAGCUACCAAAAGCUGUAUCCCCACAGCUGUAGAAGUAAUUCCAAAGAACACUUUGGAACAGUGUUCUGUGUGAUAACACACUCGUAUCACCAGUCUUGCAAAUAAAAGACAACACUUGCAGUCAAA